AUGAAGAUCCCGCACGUCCCGAGAAACGACGUGGUAAAGAUCGGCACCGAUCCCGUCGCUGUCGACUUUUCCGGAAACACCGCCGCCUCCACCCCGAGCACCAAGACCCUGAUCAUCGUCUCGGCCGUCCUCGGCUCUCUCAUCCUGACCGUCGCCGCCGUCACCAUUUAUCUCGUCGUCGCCCGCGCCCGGCGGAAGAAGCAGCUUGCGCACGAGUACAACACAGCCAUCCUCCGCAACCCGAACCUCACCUGGGAGGAAUUUGCCCGCCGCACGAAGCUGAGCCAUUCGAGGAUUUUGUUGGAGGAGGAGCUGCAGCGGAGUAUCAUGAUUCGCAAGUCAUUACAGAGCCGGACGGACGUCUCCACUGUGACUCCCGUAUCGCCGCCCGCCCGCACACGGUCACGCACCUGGCACGCGAGGACUAGCUCAAGGACGAGUGUCGAAGAUGAAGAGGAGGGAGAAGGAUUGUUGAUGUCUCUACGCGGAGACUGGACUGAGCAUGAGGCAAGAGUCGAAAAGACGUGGCAGAUCCUGCACAAGAAGUACCCCACACGGCGGGUUACACUGCCGGUUGAGGAGGACGCCGGACCGGUCCGCCCGCCGACGAUACGACUCAAGACCCCGCCUUUGCUGUCUCACCCUAUGUUCCGGGGAUGGAAUGGAGAGACCGAGAUGAAGCAUUCGAGCUUGCCGACCGAGCUGGCGAAGAUCAAGCCGGCUCAGAUCUGA